UAUUAGUGAUGAACAAAUUUUUUGUAUUGAUAUUGGGAUGUUGCUUUCUAGUUCUUAUGCAUGCUGGUUACUGCCGCCCUACUGCUUCACCACCUCCACCUGCUAUCCAAGAGUUGCGUGCUACCAUCCGUGUGCUGCCUCCACAAGAUUGCUACACAUCUAAACUUAGGAACAACGUUCGUUCCCGUGCCUGGGGGGCUGGAAUCGGUUGUAGUUAUCGAGUUGAACGGUGCUGCAUUGUUAAGAAAGGAGGUGGAACCAUUGAUUUGGAGCCAUGCCUUACACAUUCAUCAACCGUGGAGCCUACCCUUGCUCCAGUAGCUGUAGAAAGGACGAUGACUACUAGGGCUGCAGCUUCAGUAUUUCCCGCCUUCUUUGUUCAUCUAAUUUCAUGAAGUUAGAAUUGUAGUUCUAUGGUUUUUUUUUUUAAUUUUUAAUUUUUUUCAUUUAUUAAAAUGGAGCUAUUGUUAUAAAUUGUAGUUUUAAUUACUCUGUGUAGCAUGUCAAUGCUCUUGCCUUACCAGAACUUUUAUGGUAUCUCACAUUAUUUGGCACUCCAGAGCUAGCAAUCUAUGGUCGCAAUUGGGAAAUAAGUUUAUAGCUCUUAGAAAAAUAAUUAUUUUGAAUAUCACAGUAUUUGAACUAUAUGCAUCUCUGUAUGUGUGUGUAUACUUUUUCUAGGCAGUAAUAUAUUGUUGUGCAGGAAUGCAUGCACCUGUAUGGUAAUAAUAAUUAAAUUGUAGAA